UAUAAAUGGCCGAUGGAGUGUUCCUUAGAAUUAACACGGUACAAGUUAUUUUUGGGCACGCAAGCUUUACCGAAAAACAGGGGGCAUGUGUUGACACCUGAUUUUGGCAUGGUCAAAAACACAAUUAACAUGGCAUCAAAUGAAAAAGUGCUCAAAGUGAGAAAGUUCUGUAUCUUCACAAGAAGAAAUUUUGAUAUUUGGGCCAUAGCCAUCCGAUCUCAUCUCUAAGGCCGAAGUUGUGUUCGAAGUACUGAGAUUUUGUAUUCAGAACACAAUUCGGCUGAUUACGCCCCAAAGACGGACUCAUAUGGAAAAAACGAUCUACACGAAUUGUCUUCGUCUCGUCGAAACGGUCGAUUUUGAUAUAAAAAUCGUCCCAAUAUGUGGGCGGAAAGGACCCGCCUUUCGCACUCCUGGACUGCCCCCAACGUCUCCAUCGACUCGUCCUGCUGCCGAGCACGAGACGAGGUCGGUCCUGCUGCCGGGCACGAGACGAGCUCGGUCCUACUGCCGAGCGCGAGAAGAGCGAUAGACCGUAAUCAGGGGAGGGCCGAACCUUCGAAGACGAUAGCAACCCGACGACGAGGAGAGGGACCAAGGUCGAAACGGGCCGACGGCGGAAAACCAGCCACCGCCGCAGCCGACCCGCCAAACUGCCGUGAUGCGGACGCAGCGAAAGGAAGCCGCCACGCCAAGAGUCGAGCCACCUCGCCGCCGCCGCCCACAGGCGGAGCAGCCGCCACACCGGGCGGCUGCCCCAACCCGCGCCGCCAGCUGGAAAAAAGCGCUAGAUCCGGCCGUCACACAUCCACCACCACCAGCCCCCAGCCCGCCUCCAGCCCCCGACCGAAAGCAGAGGAGAGAAAGGGCGAGACCCACACCGCUGGGCCGCCACCUCCGCCAGCAGACCACCAUGGCGAAGACGACCGACCGCCGCCCGCGCCGCCCGCAGCCCACACCCACCGCGUCCAGAUCUGACAGCCCGCCUUCACCGCACCGACCGUGCACCACCAGGGCAUGGCCCGUCAUGCCGCCACCGCACCCGCACGCCACCACCAGCGACGAUGCGACGCCGCGCGGUGGAGCCCCACGGAAGCGCCACCAGCAGGUCCGGGACCGUCGGCCCGCGCCGGCCACCCCGCACGAAGAGACAAGAGGGGCCCCGCGGCCUCCCGCGGGAGCGACGCUGGAGGGGAUAAGGUCGGGUCUUGUCCUCCCUCCCAGAAUUCCCGAUCAGUGAAUCGUUAGAUCAAUCAGAAGUUCUCUUCCCUAUAAACUGAAUCUCUGAUCGAUUUCACGGACAGCAACGUGGGUCGAAGUGUAGCUGCAAGUAAACAGGCAACUACCACUCUGUUCUCUUCUUUCUUGUGAGAUCAUGGCAACGUCGGUUCUUCUUGUUAAUGAAUGAAUGAAUUGAUGGAUGAAGUAUUUUGAUGUGAACUCGAUCGCAGGACUCCGAGUGUGCUUCAGAGUCAGAUGCACGAGGCCAAGUUUGGUGCCGUCGUCUCUGUUGUGGCAGCAUUACACGGUUCAGGCCUCAGGGACGAGAGUUCUUUUUUUUUUCUGAAUCCAGUUCAAUGGGUGUAAUCUGAACAAACAUUCAGUUCACACCCAUGUGAUCCAACCAUCAUGUAGAACUGUAAGAUUUGUGGUGCAAACAAGCAAAAUGCCAACUUCAACAGCAUUACCAUGUUGAAAGAUCAUCCAUACAAUGAAACGUCAUUUAUAAUAA